GGACCUUCCAAGUUUCUCCAACUGCACACGCCAACACUCCAUGUGCGGUGACGUGCGCUUUCGCGCCGCGCGCCUGCCAGGUCGCGGGCGUUCGGCUGUGGCUGCACGUCCGCUGGCUGCUGGGGAGGUAGUGCUUUCUGAGCAGCCUUGGGCCGUGGUGCUGUUGCCAGAGCAGGAGUGUUGUGACUUCUCGCUGCAGCGUGGCGAGCGCUUGCUUCAAGCAUGCUCGAGAAGCAAGUUGCACCAAGGUGGUGCCGUGUGACUGGCUUGCACUUUGCUACGCGGGAGGAUCAGAAGGCAGCAGCCGACUUGUACUACAAGGCGGAGUUGGAGGCAGCCGAAGCCGGGAGGAAAGUGCGGGGCACACGCGGUCCACCUCCUUGGCGCGACUGGCCUGCCAGUUUGCGCCUGGCCUUGAGGGCUCUUCAGAGAGGGGUGAAAGCUGCGGAGCAACCAUGGCAGGGCCUCGAGAGCCAUUGGGAGGAGCUUUCUGAAGCGCGGCAGCAGCAGCUGGAAGAAAGCGCGGCACGCUGUCUCGAUGUUUUAGCUGCUGGCCUUGGCCUUUUCGGCGAAGAGGAGGUGCCGGAGGCGAGGCAAGCCUUCCAGGCAGUUGCCAACGUCAGACAGACGGCUCAAUUCCUCGCUGCGGUGGACGUUAAUGCCUUCACGGUGACAGAUGAGGAACUCAGGGAGGUGGGGUUGGGGCUCUACAUCCGUGCGGCCGUUUUCAACCAUGCAGAGGAGCCCAACUGCCUGCAGAGCUUUGUGGGCCGUCAGCUGGUGAUUCGCACAUGUCGGCCAGUUCCAGAGGGUGAGGAGCUGUGUAUCACCUAUGCUGACCUGGGCCAGCUGAGCUUGCGGCGCCGUGCUCUGCUGCGGGAGCAUUUCCACUUUGACGUCCCGAGCAGCCAAGAGGCAGAAGCCCGAGACCGCAUUCUGAGCACCGUGCUUUGCGGUGCAGACUCGAAGAAAGUGCAGGUUGGCUGGGAUGCGGAAUGUGGGCUGCAAGGGGAGCUUGCAGAGGGUGAAUGCGCAUUUGCCAGGGACUUUGUUCGCAAGGUGCACAACCAGUGGCUGCGGGCCAAAGAUGCCCGGGGCACCAAGGUUGCUCAGCUGCAAGCAGUAUGGCUUGACGCCACAGCAGGCUUGGAUUGCCGGCUUGGAGCAGGCCACAGCAUGCGCCUGGCGCUGGCACGUGAGCUGAUGGACGCUUGUGUGGCCCAAGAGCUCUGGCAAGAAGCCAUUGUUUUUGCGCGGGAAGUCAGUGCUUGCAGUCGGCUGAUAUACCCGCCAUCGUGGCCAAUGGUGUCACUAAGCCUGGCACGGCUGGCAAAGUUGGAGCUGUUUCUCGGAAAUUUUGCCGCCGCAAUCCGAUGUGGAGAGGAAGCCCUCCAUGGCAGCGGCACAGGUUCUCCGACAAAGCUUUGCUGGGAAGACCGUCGGGUUGCUGCCGAAGAGAUUCAGCAGAUCGUUGCGCAGGCACGCGUGGAGGAAGAGGCGAUGUCAAGAGGGUAUGCAGCACAAGAAGCUCCAUCAUCGAAGCAGAAGGCACUGGAGACGGGAAGCACUUAUUUACAAAGCCUGGAUUAAAUAUGAUUAA